CACGUUUGAUUUUGAAUUGCGUAAUCUCAUUUUAGCCGAUUAUCAAAGAUCUCUGCGAUUAUUCGAUAAUUGUCUUCAGGCACAAUACAAGGCCACGUGCAAGAGAUCUGGAGGUCCUUGCUAUAUCCUGUCGCACUUAUGACGAACCCCCUGCUUUCAAACAAACACACAAAGGUAUUUAAAACGCGAUAAAACUGGAUUUUUCCAUUUAAACAGGUGGUGAAAUAUUGUAUUUAAACGAUAUGUUGUUAAAUUUCCAUUUGUUAGAUUUCGUUGAGGAGGAAUAAUGUCACGUGUAUUUGCAUGCUAAAGUAGCAGCUGUUAGCUAGUUAUCUAGUUUGCUUUUUGGCCAGCCUGUUAUAGUUGCGCUCUAGUGUAUUGACACCCUUGUACGUUUUUUACAAAUACUUCAAUACAUCUUCAAAAAUAAGUUACAAUUGAAAAAAAAACGUUGUUCACACGUGUACUGUGGUAAGUUACAAGUAUUUUUACAAGGUAAAAAUAGUCAUUCAACCAGUUUAGAAAAGAGAAAACAGGACAUUCCGCUUCAUUAUAACGUUACCACUGUGAACAUGGUGAAGGGGAAAGAACUGUCUGAGGAUGUCAGGAAUUUGAUUAUAACCAAACAUGGGCUUAAGCAAGGUUACAAAUCCAUCUCCCGAGACCUUGGGAUUGCUGUUUCCACAGUUCGCAAUGUUAUCAGGAAGCAUGCUGUCCAUGGAAUUGUAGUCAACCUCCCAGGACGUGGUCGCAAGAAGAAUCUGGUUCCACCGGUUGAAAAAGAUAAAACUCGGAAGAAGAAUCUGGUUCCACCGGUUGAAAAAGAUAAAACUCGGAAGAAGAAUCUGGUUCCACCGGUUCAAAAAGAUAAAACUCGCAAGAAGAAUCUGGUUCGAACGGUUGAAAAAGCAGAUCGAUCUGCAGCUGUCCAAAAGAAAAUGGCAUCUGUUUGUGACGCCACCAAUGAAGACAAGGAAAAGGGUUCAGAGUCGACGGAGUCUCAGGUGCGUUAGAAAGGCUGCUAACAUUAGCAGGUUAUCUAACUAGGCCAGCUAACAAUCUUAAAACAAGUCUUACAUUCAGAAAUUGCAAACAAAUAGCUCGCUAGAUACACACUUUAAAUUGUAGGCUGGACAGAAAGUGAGGGGGAGUAGAGGGAGAGUAUAAUGAAGCAAUGAGGGAAGUCAGAGGAAGAUAUUUUGGGAAGUCCAAAGCAAGGUAGCUAGAGAGCAACAACAGAGGGGACUUUAACAGGGAGAGAGAGAGAACACACACGGCUCCAGUUUGAGAGCCAUAAAGCAUGAGGAGAGGCCACAUCACAACGUUCAUCAUUUGCACAAGCCCCCGAAGGUAAAUGAAGGGUCUUUAUGAUACAUGUCUAGGUAAUGUACUGUGUCCCCACCACCUUGUUUCAGGACAAGGAACAUCCACGGGUUCUCAUCCCAGAGUUGUGUCGUUCUUUCUACCAACUCGGCUGGGUUACAGGGACAGGAGGAGGGCUAAGUUUGAGACGUGGGUAAGUGCUCUUAUUUAAUAUUGUUGGAUCAUUUUUAAUUCUAAACCUCGUACAUGACUUCUUCUUUAGUUAAACAUGGCAUUCUUUAAGUUAAACAUGGCAGCCCGCCAUGAAAAAUGGCAAAGAGAAUCUGCAAACAAAAAUCUAUGUAUAUGUAGGCUAGCUAAUGAACAUUCACCUCCCCAUUUCUUUCUACCUAGAGAUCAGAUCUACAUUGCCCCGUCUGGAGUCCAGAAGGAGAGAAUACAGGUGAGCUGGACUGGUGUUUUGCUUUCAUAUCGUCAUAGAUCCAACAUGGGCUACUUAGUUUGACCAGUUUUCUGGAGAUAUAUGUAAAUGUUUCUCGUGUGUGUGUGGUGCACCCUGUAGCCAGAUGACAUAUUUGUCUGUGACGUGGAGGAGAGGGACAUCAGCUGCCCACCCCCCUGGAAGAAGCUGAAGAAGAGCCAGUGCACCCCUCUGUUCAUGAAUGCCUACACUAUGAGAGGUGAGGUCUCUCUGUUCAUGAAUGCCUACACUAUGAGAGGUGAGGUCUGUAGUUCUACGGCUUACCUUGGAAACAAACCCACUUUCACAACAACAACCACAGCUGGCGUAAGCGUUAGCUCCAUACGUUAGGUGUCAGAGGAGCUGAUGUCACUGCUUGAUGGUCUGUCACUGGCUAGCUAAUAUAUUUAGUUGCCCUAUUUCAACAUCUUUGAGGCAUGGAAUGAGGCUGUAUUGUAUUAAACCCACAGACCUAAUAGGCCAACAUGCUAACUGUCUCCCUCCUGUUCCUCAGCGGCUCAGGCCGUCAUCCACACCCACUCCAAGGCUGCCGUCAUGGCAACUCUGUUUUAUCCCGGCAAGGAGUUCCGCAUAACUCACCAGGAGAUGAUCAAGGGAAUCCGCAAGGGCACCUCCAGCACCAACUACAGGUGGGUAAGUGGCUAGGUGCAGUAGUUGUGCUUUCAAGUUGAAAGUACAGGCGUGAAAACAUCCAGCCAGAGUGCUCAAUGGACUGUAGUGUGAAUGUAUGCACUGAAAAAGUCCAGCGACGGCAGUUUAUGGAAAAUCCAAAUGUUACCUUGUAACGCCCAUCAACUUUGGCACAUUUUCACUAAGGGGAAACUGACACUUGAUUUUUAGAUAGUGGCCCUAUGACUAUGCAUUCUGCACACACACCCACGUUGACUGUGUGUGUGCAGAUAUGAUGAAACGCUGGUGGUGCCCAUCAUUGAGAACACCCCGGAGGAGCAGGACCUGAAGGAGCGCAUGGCGCUGGCCAUGGAGCAGUACCCAGACUCCUGUGCUGUCCUCGUCCGGCGCCACGGCGUCUACGUGUGGGGGGAGUCCUGGGAGAAGGCCAAGACCAUGUGAGUUCAUGAAUAAUUAUGAAGUAACACAAUUAAUGUUUAUAUAAGUGAUUAACUAAUAAUUAUAAAUAGUAUACAAUUAAUGCUUGUAUAAGUGUUACUGUGAAUGUGUCAUUAGACUAAAUGUAUCACUGCUCCACGUGUGGCAUGAUUGUGUGUAGACAGACAUAUAUUCACUGUUUUUAAAUGCGUGAUUGGUGCCUUCCAGAGGUUUGUGUGGUAAUGGAUUAUCCGUGUGUCCCAGGUGUGAAUGUUAUGACUACCUAUUUGACAUCGCCGUCCAAAUGAAGAAGAGUGGGAUGGAUCCUUCGGCACCACCCGUUGAAGAGAACCAUUACUACGAUGUCCAACAAUCCCAAUAAAUGGAGGCAAACAAUCAGCGCCUAAAAUGAACACCUGACAAAUGUGGGUCGAUUUUUGGAAUUGGGUAAGAUGUCUAUUUCACCAGCCACGUUGGCGGGUGGACAGGGCUCCACAGUGCGAGCAUUUCACUCGAAUUUGUGAAUAAAAAAAUAGUCAAGUUUGAUCACAUUUAUAGUAAAAUAAAUGCUGCAGUAGCUAUUUUCAAAGGAUUUCUGCCGUUUUUGUUUCAUAGCUGGUGAUGUAUAGCUUGUUCCGCCUCGCGCUGCAACGCUGUCUGGCUGGGGGCUGUGCGUACGUAAAGAGCUGAGUGAAAGAUUUCAUUUUAGAAGCGCUGUGCACGGGUAUAAAGGUUGGUCUAAUUUACUUGAAAAUAAAGUCUACUGAAGUGAUACUCUGUCCUUGUUUUUCUUGGCUUUUUACAUUGUUUUGUUCACAUGCUAGGUUGCUUUUCUAUGUUUGGGUUUCAACUGCUAGGGAAGAGAAGACAACGCUUCUACUGGUCAGACUCGAUCUCACAGGCAGAAACAUUGGCACAUUUUUGUCUGUGAUAUUUUGGUUAAAAGACUUGGGUCACAAAAAAUGAAGUUAAACAAUAUACCACUUUACUACUUACUAGUAAUAUAUGUAUUGUUUUAGAAACAUUACAAAGCAUGCUCAUCAGUUUUUUGUGUUUAUUUUAAGUGAAAAAAAUAUUUAGCCUGGUAGAUUUAUUUUGGGUAAAUCUUCCUGCCACAGUGGCUGGGGUACCAAAAAGUUACUUUUAUGUCCUACAAACAAUCAUUAGAAAUUUCAGAAAAUGUUUUUAAUAUACCGUAUAGACAGUAAUAGUGGAAUGA